AUGUCAGGCGAUUCCGCCGGUUUCGAGGUCGGCACCGUGAGCUCGGCUGACCUCGCAAGACACCUCAAAUUGCUCCGGAAUGAUCUAUUUCGCCGAUGUCGAAACCAGCAGACAGCUCGUCCAACUUCAGGGGCAGUCGCUGUCCAAGGCACGCAGUCUGAUGUCCCCGGCACUGUGAACUCCUUGCGUUCUGUCAUGGGAAGGAUGGCUUCGGCAAGAACUCCUGCCAGCCCCUACCGGCAGAGUGCUCGUCCUUCACAGCAGCGCCUCACCUUGAGUUCCCGUGCGACAGAAGACAGUGUAGGAGGUGGUUCGGAGGUUCCUCAGGAAAGACAAGUGACCCACAGGCUCGCGUCUUCCCGAUCUGCUUCUCCGGUGGUCGACACCGGAAGCGACUCCUCUUCUACAGCGUGCCGAUCCCCGAAAGGCACAGGCGUUGAGAAGAAAAAACAAACUGCUCGCAGAAGUCCACUGUCCCACCGGUCCAGCUGCUCUCCGUCGCCAAAAGAAUCGGACUCGCGGGGCUCGCGGGUCGCAUCGACUAAGGCUGGGGAACGCAAGAAGACCGCGACCGAAACAGCCGUUUCAGUGCAAAGUCGAGCUCUCCAACAAAAGUUCCAGGGCUUAACGGCGAAAUACUCGAACCUUGUCCGUUUGGCCGCUGGUACGUGCAGCAAAUAGGCAUCGGUCUGUCAGUGUGUAUGUACAGUUUGUAUGUACAGUUGCGCACGACGAAAAAAAUGAUUACAGAAUCUUCCAAGACUGUUAGCGCUAAAAAAGGAGUCGUCGACAAUGAAGAAGAUAGAGCAGAGGAUCUCCUGAUCAGAGGAAGCAUUCGUUUCUGGAUCUGAAUCAGUCCGUGCUUUGGAUUGGCUGAGUGACCUAUCCAUGUAGAACGCUUGUGGCUUGAACGUGAACGCAGGCUACAAGGCAAAGGCAAAGGAGUCUGCUGAACAGCUCGACGAAGCCAAAGGGGCGAACCGAAAGGUGUUUACCUAUCACGGUAGACUCUUUUGUGUAUCUGAUGCAGAAACGUUAGGCUUGUUAUUAGAAUCAAAAAACACGCGUUCUUUCCCGUUCCGCGGUGACCGAAGUAGUCGACAGAGAUGGCCUUUUCGAACGGAGUCUUUACCACAAAGGAGCGGCAUAGACAGCUUGACAGUAACUUCGUAUAGUUCACCCUGUGGGCCCUAGACGAAAAGCAUCGUUUCUUUUCAUAGGUCCAAGGCCAAGACCGUCUGAGUUGGGCAGACCAACAGGACAGGUGCAUCCUUGCUCGGAUUGUGUAGAAAGCUGUGAAUGGCCGGAGAGGCUGGCGCCACUUUUACUUUCUCAUCGCUCCUGCGGGGGUGCUCUUCGUAGCUUACAGAAGAUCUUGCGGCCGCUGAAGGGCUUCUGGAGCAGUUGAGGGCUAACACAGUGAGCAAGCAUGACCAUGAUGACGUCAAAGCGCUCUUGAGCGAUGCGCAAGAGACGAUCAAAUCAAGGGCUGCGGAGGUGGAGUUGGUCAAAAAACAGCUCCAGGCAGAACAGCAGGAGAAAGCCAAGCUACAAGUGGCUUUGAGUGCCAUGAAACGUAUGUGUGUCUAGUUGGUUCUAAAAUCGAGGUCACUGUCGUGUCGUGCAUGUGCGGUCGCUGCCUUGAGUGUUCUCCGGCAUCGCUUUUUUUCUGCCCUGAUGUAGAUAUAGAGCCUUGUAGGCAGAGACUCUGGCGGACCCAUCGACGCGCAGGGCGGUACCUCACAUGGACAAAAGGAACGGCAACAAAACCGUUCAGAAACUGUACGGACACGGGAUUCGCAAUGGGGUG